AUGAAGAUGCUUGCAACACUUGCCGUCCUAGUCGCCGUGCUGCAUUGCGUCACAGCCGAGUUUUAUAGCUCGACCAGUGGUCUGAGCCAACUUCUUCGCACUGAGGUGGUGCUCCUGGCCGAGCUACAGAACUAUGUGAAUGAAAUAAGUCAGCAUGCCGAGGCGUUGCAAAGUGAAAUCGAUGCCAUCAAAGUGGAGCAUCUGAGUGCAGCCGAUAGCAUCGAAGGCUACCUGAACAAUCCGGUGAAUGCAUUUCGCCUGAUCAAGCGCCUGCACAGCGAUUGGCAGACCUUCUCGGAUAGCGUGGAGAGGGAGGCGAGUCGCACAAACUACCUCGAGGCCAUGGCCAAGCAUCAACAGAACUUGAGCUUCCCCACCCACGAGGACUUCGUGGGCUCAGCUCUGGCUCUGACGCGACUACAGCAAACCUAUCAGCUGGACGUGGCCGAGCUGGCGAGUGGCAUACUGAAUGGCAUCAAGCAUGGUACUGGCAUGUCCUGGCAGGAUUGCUUCGUGCUUGGCCAACAUCUGUACACAAUGCGGGACUACAACAACACCGUACCUUGGCUGAAGCAAUCAAUGCAGCUGCUGGCAACUCAGAGCUAUGGUACAGAGUCCGGCUCGCUGGACUUUAUGGAGUCUGUAGCAGAAUAUCAUCAGACAUUGGGCGACUAUGAGAACGCCCUGGAUCUGGUCAAUUAUGUGCUAUACCUGGUGCCGGAGGAGCGACCUCAUCUGUACGAGAAACGUGAGCUGCUUGAGGAGCUGAUCAGAGAUGGAGUCAGGCAUGGUCUGCUUCACGAGACCGUCCGCUCACCUACCGACUAUCACAUCUCGCAGGAGUUCCGCCUCUACGAGCAAGUCUGUCGUGGCGAACUAAAGCCCUCUGCACGCUCGCAGCGGCCCUUGCGCUGUCGCUACCAGAGUAACAAGGUGCCCUUCCGGCUCCUGCAGCCCUACAAGCUGGAAGAACUGCAUCUCGAUCCCCUGAUUGUGCAGGCCCAUGAAGUGGUAAGCGCCCGCGACAUACGUAUUUUGAAACGUCUAGCGGGUCCGCACAUCCAACGCUCGACGGUCUACUCCUUGGAGGGCAGCGAGGCCACCGCAGCACCCUAUCGCACGAGCCAGGGGGCCAGCUUCGAUUACACCAAGCAUCGGGCCAUGUGGAGGCUGAGUAGAAAUGUGGGCGAUCUUUCGGGACUGGACAUGAGAUACGCCGAAAUGCUACAGAUUGCAAACUAUGGCAUUGGCGGACACUUUGAGCCGCAUUGGGAUAGCUUUCCUGAGCACCACACCUAUCUGGAGAAUGAUCACGAUGGCAAUCGCAUAGCUACAGGCAUCUACUAUCUCUCUGAUGUUCAGGAGGGUGGUGGCACCGCUUUUCCAUUCCUGCCCCUGCUGGUGACGCCUCAACGUGGCAGUCUACUAUUUUGGUAUAACUUGCAUCGCUCUGGCGAUCAGGACUAUCGUACGAAGCACGCCGCUUGUCCAGUGCUCUUGGGAAACAAGUGGAUUGCCAAUGUGUGGAUACGUGAACGGCGGCAGGACCAUGUGAGACCCUGUGAUAUAUACCGUGAUAAUGAAAUAUCGCUGCCCUACAGGGAUUUCAACUGAAACUUCUGAACUUUCAAACUGUGCAAGCCAAACUCGAG